AUGUCCUACAACGUAUACACCGUCGAAUCCCUCGGAAACGGCGAACGCAACCACAAAGCAAUCUACAUCGAAACGAACCCCACCGCGGCACAAAAAUCAUUCAAGGGAGCCCUUUACCACGUCACCGGAACGAUCCUUAAUGGAAUGACCUACGAAUCCCGCGACACGAUAGACCCAGAACAGCUACCCGAGCAUAUCCCAGGCACAAAGAAACAAAUCGCGACCAUUGCUGCACCCGACCUAGCAAGGUUCGAGGAUGAAUGCUGUUUGACUGUUCCACCCCCGCGAGCCCAGAUUACUCUCAGCGGCAAGAGACUGUUUCCCCAGAUCCCACUCUAUCGAUGUCGAGAGUGGCUCGCGGAUGUGGAGAAGGUGGCAGUUGAAAAGGGUAUCUUCGCGCGAUAG